GGACUCGGGGGUGUUGUCUGUGUAUUCUCAUUUACUGUUUCAUCUCUUCACAUUGUUCGUUCUCAUUAACCGGUUUAGCUUCGCAAUCAUCUUAUCAUGUUGUAACCGCCUCAUCCCGCGGUCGAUCCAUUCAAUUCCCGUCCAGCUCAUACUCCACCAGUCCACCUCACGGUGACUUCUCCGCCACUUCGGCCUGACGUGCCACAGCUCUGUGCUUUUCUCUGCCAAUAUAUUAGUCUCCUUGCUCCCCUCCUGCACGACUUCCCUUCUCUUAGGGCUGAAAUGUUCGCCGUCUCUACGCCUUUCUCUAUCUGUCCAUCUUCCGGUGAUCAUGCCCAUUUUCCAAUAUUUGGACCCCGGACGGUCCAAUGAUCCAUGGUCUGAUGACCAUUCUUCCGGUCAAGAGACUCAAUGUCAGACCAUAGCUUCCUGGGAAUGCUCUCAAAAUACCUCCUCUGGAGUCCCCCUGUCUGCGAGCGGAAAAUACCUUCACCCCGAAGGUCCCUCGCCUUCUGAUGUAUAUGACGCAGAUGACCGCGGGAAUUCAUUACGGCGGUCAAAAAAUGCUGGCGAUCUUAAGUGGAACUUCCAUCGCUCCGCGGAUGCCAGUCACGAUCUUACUCCGUUUACUCCCGAGAAGUAUUACGCAAUGAGGGAUCAACUAAUAGAAUCAAUAUCUGCGGGUAGUCAGCUCCCCUCGAGCGAUCAGAAGCUGGCUUCGCCUGCGGACAUUGAGCGCCCUCGCUCGGCCUUACACUCUGGGGACUUUCGAGAAGGAAGCUCACAAAAUCAGAGUCGACAACAGCCAUCACAGUCACCACUGCCUAACUUUUCAUAUGACGUAUACCAUUCUCCGCUCAGUUCUUCUCCAACCACGCCCUGGUUUAGCACUCCUGUUUUCCCAGCUUCAGUUGAACGACAAAGCUCGUCACUUCUCGCUACAACUCCAGUAGCACGCUCUCGCGCGCCAUCUCUGGGGUCGUUCUCAUCAAGCUAUAUUCUCAAGGCACCGACAAGCCCACUUGUACAUCAAGCCAAUAUCACAGAUUUCGAUUAUCCACCGCGGCCGGAGCAUGUCGGCCAUAUUGGCUUCUCGGAUAAUAAAGCCACUCGCCGGCGGACACUCCCCCCGGAGACUUUCCGGGAUAUGCAGAUCCCUGAAACCACCCAUGGGCGAGGGGCACGGCUCCCGCCAGAUCCCUCAAUGAGAGAAUGGAAUAGUGCUAUGGCCCAUCAGUUCCAGCCACCAAAACGGUCCCUGACCUGCGGUUACAGCCUUCAGCUCGCCUCCUCCGUUCAGACCGCGAAUUCCAGAUCUAGACGGCCUUCGAUCGGCUCCGAAGUCUCUUCCAGGGCUUUGGCGCCCAUGGUGGGCUCAUACGAGGAGUCCAUUCUCCGAGGAAGGAUGUCGACAAAUCCUUCCAAACCAUUGGACUUCACCGCACAGAUAGGGGUUCUGGGUAAAGGCAAAUGUAAAGGCAGCCUUAAGUGUCCGCCCCAUGUCACGAUUCCAUUUCCUGCUGUGUUCUACAGCUAUCCCACCUCAGGCUGUGGGCGUUCAAUUGCAGACGAUAGUCCCAGUCCGUAUGUGGGCAUGAUUGACCUUGAUAGUUCCCUGCCAAAGGACACUUCGAGCGAUAAUCGACGUCGCAAGCAUCAUCAUCACCAAAGCCCUGGUGGGAUCUAUAAUGACCAGCACCUAAAUUCACCCCUCGAGACAAGGUCGAAUGAGAAAGAGCUUCUUCGAAUGUUGGAGAAAAGGCAUAGAAGGGCAGAAUCGCCCAAAUCGCCGCCGGGCGGCUCUUAUCGGAUCCCGCAACAAGGCCAGCUACAGGUCAUAAUCAAGAAUCCGAAUAAAACUGCCGUCAAAUUGUUCCUUGUUCCUUACGACCUCACUGACAUGGAGCCUGGAACGAAGACGUUCAUUCGCCAACGGAGCUAUUCCGCGGGCCCAACCAUUGAUAUGCCACUAAGCGCGCGAAAGAAUUACGGCACUGAUCGUCCUGAGGCGUCCUUGAAUGUCUCGGAAGAUCCCAAGGACAAGCCCAUUCUCCGUUAUUUAAUUCACUUGAACAUAUGCUGUCCUUCGAAGGGCCGAUUCUACCUGUAUUCGACUAUACGCGUUGUCUUUGCCAAUCGAGUUCCUGACGGUAAGGAGAAGCUACGCAAUGAGAUUCAGUUUCCUUACCCCCGCUAUUCACCCUACAGAGCCUCACGAGAAGCCCAUCAUGCGCACUUGAACACGGUGGGCGAGAAGCGGCUUCGAAAGUCCACGCCUGGCCAUCUCACGAACAUUGAGCUUAAUGGCUCUUCUGAGAUGUCUCACCCAGGAUGUUCUUCUUACUUUGGGUGUAGUCCGUCCACGCGGCAUGCAGCAUCGACCCGCGAAUCGUCCGCUCUUCGAGGUGGCGAGGACUGUCAUGCGCGAGAGUCAUCCACACAUCCCUUACAGGCCUAUCCACUAUCGGGAAUAUCCCAGAUUUCACCUUGUGCAGAUUUGCCUGAGAAGCGUCAAACUAAGAGUGGACUGUAUAGCAAGCUGCAUAAGGGAGAGAACGGAUACGUUGGCUAUCCGUCCAACGGAAUCGACAUUGGUGACAGCCUCCUUGCUCAGCGAUUGAGGGGACUGGAUGUCCACAGACAUCGACACUUCCAACAGCACUAUGAGUCAGACGCUGAUGCAACGAUUCGCCUGUGUCCGACACAGCACGACCAGUCAUACCGCUAG